ACGUGUCCUCCGGACUCCAGGCAGAGAGCGUUCAGUCGAUGACAGAGAGUGGAGGUAGGAGGUCGUGUAGCGGUGUGGUGCGGAUGAAAUGCUGCCGGGCUUUAUUAUUUUUGCAGUAAUAUAUCGUUUGUGUUCUUUGUGCUUCUUCUAAACCAUAUAUUGUUUUUGCUGAGGGAUUAUUUCUAAUAAAAUAGAUUUCCCGUUCUGGAACUCCGAAAGAUAUGUAUAUAUAUUUCGCAGCUAAUCAUAACAGAAGUGCACUGUGCAGGUGAUGAAACGUUUUUGAAUGGUGAACUCUCGUAAAUUUAUACUUUAUAUUUCUCGUUCUGAUUGGUCACAGUAUGAGGGAAUAAGGGAAAACAUUUUAUUCUUUCGCCGGUAACGUCAAGUGUCUGCAUGUAAACUAACAAAAUGGCGUCUGUUUAUGAGUAAGAAUCAUCACAUCUUAUGAAGCUAUAAAAUGACGGAUGCUACAUCUUUUUUCAAAAUGGAAUGCAGUGAAAGUGAGACUAGUGCUACAUCCGGAUAGUUGUGCUCGUUGAAGAUAUUCAAGUACCUUCACGUAAUAAACUAAAUGCUUUUGGCUGUAUUAAUCGGAAUAGGUUAUCCAUUUACUAGUGCGUUUAUUUCACACGUGUUUGAUGAAUUACAGAUAUUGAAUCUUACUUUCGUUAUGAAUUUGAGUUGAAGACUAUUCAUGCACGCAUGCACGAAGCGAGAAUUUUUGUUAGGGUAUUUAGUGCUGUCUUUUUCCACGUUCUGUUAGUUGAUAGCUCAGGUUGGACAGCUAAAAGGAUUCAUUAAAUGAGCUGAGACAUAAAGACACUUCUGAAGGUAAGUUGGCACGUGCAUACUCAGUAGAGAAUAUAAAAAUAAACCGAUUGCUUAUAAUUCCUUUUAGAGUUGCAUUUGUGUAUGUGAGUGAUUAAAAGAAAAAACAAAGCCUCUUUUUAGAGAAUAAUUAAAAUUUUGUUAGAGAGCCAAAUAAGGCUUUCAGUAAAUUGAUUUCAGCGAGUUUAUUUACCCCUCUGAAAAUGAAAUUGGAUUUAAAUACAAUACUUUAUCAUUAGUGUAGAACUUAUUGUGAUUUCUGCGCUCGGAAAAAAAAAAUUUGUAACGCUCUUGAAGACCGUUUUCUUUGGUUAGUUAACACACGUUUCACUCAGCCAUAUCGCAAUAUUAUUUUGAACUGAGCAAGUUUUAAUUGGGGUGGUUGGUAGUCAUGUUUUUUUAUUUCGCGACAACGCUGUGUUGUAGUCGCAACUAUGAUGUUUUAAACUAAAACUAAUAUUGGAAAAGCCUGAAAUAACUUAUAAUUUGGUGAAAAAUUAAUCCAAAGUGCCUGAAAAUACUGCUAAUCAUGCAGGUCGGAGAUGGAUGAAAGUGUGAGCGGCAGCCCCAGCCUGGCCUAGCCCCAGCCUGGCCUAGCCCCAGCCUGGCGCAGCCCCAGCCUGGCCCAGCUCAGCCCAGCUGAGCACGGAAGCAACAGCGCACAUCUGUGAUGAGGGUCCGGAUCGCCGCCAGCGUUCCGCCAUGAGGCAGACAUAGGAGGACGCCGCGAGGUGUCGGGUGAAGAAGCCAGCAAGCGACUGCUGAGCCGCGCGCCGUUGACAUGCUCACGCUGGGGCUGCUGUUCGGCGUCGUGCUACGACUUUGGUUCAGCUUCAGCUCAGCCGAGCAAGUAGUACUACUGGAUACGACCUUGGACCCAACACUUGACUGGACAAGAUUUCCGUACGGUCCCCAGGCUAUCACUCCAGGGUGGGUUGAAGAAAGUUUCACCAAUUUCGAAAAAGGAAUCAACUGGCGGUCUUAUGUUGUUUGUGAUGUGGCAUACAACAAUGUGAACAACUGGUUGUGGACACCAUUUAUUGAGCGAGGCAAUGCCAACAGAAUUUACAUUGAAAUAAAGUUCACCAUCAGAGACUGUUCACUUUUCCCUGGGAAUGCUUUGUCCUGCAAAGAAACGUUCAGUCUUCUCUAUUAUGAAUUCGAUGCUGCGACCAGAGAACCACCCCCCUGGGAACCUGAGAGCUACAAGUUGAUAGGUCGUAUUGCUGCUGGGGAAGGGAGAUUCAACACGAAUAGUGAAGUGAUAAUAAACACAGAGGUUAAGUCGAUUCCUGUGACCAAGAAGGGUGUAUAUUUUGCUUUUCGAGAUCAGGGAGCAUGUAUAUCACUGUUGGCUAUAAAGGUGUACUACAUUACCUGUCCAGAGGUCACCGUAAACUUUGCCCAUUUCCCAACAACACCAACAGGCAGGGAAGUAACGUUCAUCGAGCAAGCUACUGGCAAGUGUGUUUCAGAUGCAGAAGAAGCUGAUACACCUACCUACUUGUGCAAAGGUGAUGGGAAAUGGUACUUGCCAAGUGGAGGAUGCAAGUGCAAAGCUGGGUUUGAGGCUGACCCAGAAAAACAAACAUGCAAUGUGUGUCCACCUGGCAAAUUCAAGCAUGCAGCGGGAGAUGAACGUUGUCAGCCCUGUCCAGAUCAUAGCAAGGCUCCAGAUUAUGGCUUCUCUGAAUGUCGCUGCGACACACGCUAUUAUAGGGCAAGCAAGGAUCCUAAAACCAUUCCUUGCACACAGCCACCAACAGCACCUCAGAAUCUAACUGUAAAUUUCGUCGACCAGUCUACAGUGAUUCUGUCCUGGAAUGCUCCUAGUUUCCAGGGUGGCAGGAAUGACACAGUGUAUCAAGUUGAAUGUGAUUCUUGUGGACCUGGAGUGUCCUACAAUCCUAACACGGAAGUUUUCAAUGACACUAAAGUGACCAUCACAGGUUUAAACCCUGUAACGACCUACAGGUUCCAAGUUUUUGCUCAAAAUGGUGUCUCAGAACUCAUCCAAGAUAGUGAUUACGUGGACAUUACUGUCACUACUGAGGCAUCUGUGCCAUCGUCUGUCCUCAACUUCCGUGUUACGUCUGUGAAGUCGACUGAAAUUACACUUUCUUGGGAUUCACCAGCAACGAGUGAUGCUGCAGAUAUGGAAAAUGAUGUUGUAGAAAUGUAUGAGGUUCGUUGUUUUGUACGUCCUGAUGAUUCAAAUGCUACCAGUAUGCUUACGACAGAGCAGCAGGCGACAUUCACAGGACUUCGCCAGCAUACAGAAUAUGGUUUUCAAGUGCGUGCCAAAACCACUCAUGGAUGGGGAGAGUUCACUACGCCUAUUUUCAAAACCACAGGGCAGGUUUUAGGCACAGCAUACGUUGGUGAUGAUGACAAUAUUCAAGUUCGUAUCAUUGCAGUUGUGAGUGUUGUGGUUGUCAUGUGCCUAAUACUUGUCAUUGUGGGAACAGUGUUAUUCUUUAAAAGACGAGGUAGUGAUGAAUGCAACAAGAAGCAACCAAGUGACUGUGAUACCUUAGAAUACAGGAAUGGCGAAGUUCACUGCAAUUUGGAUAAUCCCCCUAUUGUCACUACACAUACCAAUGGAUUGACAACACCUCUAUUCACUUCUGUUGGGGCCUCGUCAAGAACGUACAUUGAUCCUCACACAUAUGAAGACCCCAACCAAGCAGUGAGAGAGUUUGCAAGAGAGAUAGAUGCAUCGUGUAUCACAAUCGAAGCAAUCAUAGGUGGGGGUGAGUUCGGUGAUGUUUGUCGUGGCAAGCUCAAACUUCCACCUGAUGGACGGCAGGAAAUCGAUGUGGCAAUCAAGACACUGAAACCAGGAAGUUCAGACAAAGCUCGAAAUGAUUUUCUUACGGAAGCAAGUAUCAUGGGUCAGUUCGAGCACCCAAAUGUAAUUUUCCUUCAAGGUGUUGUAACUAAGUCCAAUCCUGUAAUGAUAAUUACAGAAUACAUGGAAAAUGGUUCCUUAGAUACAUUCCUCAGGGCGAACGAUGGAAAGUUCCAAGUUAUACAACUUGUCGGAAUGUUACGAGGAAUUGCGUCAGGUAUGCAAUACCUGUCCGAAAUGAAUUACGUUCACAGGGAUCUCGCUGCCCGUAAUGUGCUUGUCAAUGCACAGCUGGUUUGUAAAAUUGCAGACUUUGGGCUAAGCAGAGAAAUUGAAAGCACAACAGAAGGUGCUUAUACGACGAGGGGAGGAAAAAUUCCUGUCCGGUGGACUGCACCCGAAGCAAUUGCAUUUCGAAAAUUCACCUCUGCAUCUGAUGUGUGGAGUUUUGGUAUUGUUUGUUGGGAAGUCAUGUCGUAUGGGGAACGCCCAUAUUGGAACUGGAGUAACCAAGAUGUUAUCAAGUCCAUAGAAAAAGGAUACAGGUUACCAUCACCCAUGGACUGUCCUGAAGCUAUCUAUCAGCUGAUGCUCGAUUGCUGGCAGAAAGAAAGAACGCAUCGACCAUCAUUUGCCUCAAUCGUUAAGACAUUAGACAAACUAAUAAGGUGUCCAGACACACUUCGCAAAAUUGCUCAGAACAGGACUGCAAAUCCAUUAGCAGCCGAUGCACCAGAUAUGACACAGUUUACGUCAGUAGAAGAGUGGCUCAAUUCAAUCAAGAUGGCACGUUAUCUUGAAAAUUUUGAGCGUGCUGGCAUAACCAGUAUGGACGGUGUAGUGCGUGUCACCGUGAAAGAACUCACAGCACUUGGCAUCACUUUAGUAGGACAUCAGAAGAAAAUAAUGAAUAGUGUGCAAGCAAUGAGAGCACAAAUCAAUGCGAAUCUCUCUGAAGGCUUUCUUGUUUAACAGCCAUUAUUUUUAGUUAAUAACCAAUAUUUGAUGCAAACAUUGACUGCAAAAAAUUUUUUGAAGUGGCUUUGUAAUACUUAUGUGACGUAAAAUUCAUACUUUAAUUUAGUUCAAGAAAUACAUUGGACAGCAUUACUUUACUAUAGCAAUCAGAUCUUCCUGUGCAAUGUUGGCGGAAACUUAAGGAAACUUAACAGUUGCAAUAACUACAGUGCUAUUAUUAAAAAUUGUGAUGUGCUGAUAAAUAUCAGUGCAAAAUUUUUCAGCAUUAUUUAAAUAUUGAGUGAACUGAAGGUGAGAAUAGUUUUAUAAUAAAAUCCAGUUGGUAUGCUGAAAAUGUGAUGACUGCUUACAUCUGAAUACAUUAUCAUUCUAAAUGAAGGGUUUUGAUAGUAAUUUUAAUUUAUAUUUGCAAGUGUGUAUGAACAGUGAUAUAUGUUUUAUUUAUUAUAAGCCUAAAGAAAAUAACAGUUGAAAAUAAAAGUUAAGUUAAUUACCUGGCAACUAUGAACAGAAUUUACUAUAAAACUUGCUUAAAAUAUUAAAUCUUAUUUAGAGAUUUACAGAGUUUUCAUUUCUGUUCAAUAAACAUGGCAGCAUCAUAUCUAUAUACUUACAGCAUUAUAUUACAUAAAAUGUGCCAAUUUAGUUUGAGAAAGGAAUAAUUUCCCUACAAGUAUCUAUUUUUGCAAAGGGUGCAGACAUAUUUGUAAAAUAUUAUUAACUAAUUCAUAUUCAUAUAUAUUUAUUUAAUGUUUUAUUUGUAUUUUGCAAAAUAUUGAUUUUAAUACCAGUAAGUAAACCAUUGUCAGUGUAGCAAUGUGUUGGUAAAUCAGUACACAUGUCAGCACCUGAAUUUUUUUUUUCUGAAAUUAAUUUUAUUGAUAUCUGUUAUGUUCUAAAGUGUUUUUACAUUUUGUAUUCAGAUAUCGUAGUAAAUUAUUUAUAUAAUUUCUAUAAGUCAUUUUCAGUAGGUAUCAAGAAUUUGAAAUGUUUAUUCCAAAGAUUGUGAUAAAACUUUCAUGCUCUAUUGGUUUGGUUUGGCAAUAAAUAAAAUAAAAUAAAAUAAAAUAUUUUCUAGCUUGUGCCUCUAUGGAUACAUCAUAUGACUAAUGUUUUAGUUUUUGAGAGUGCUUUGGUUGUGUGGGAAAAGCCCUUGUAAUUUUUUUAUGGUAUUUGUAAUUCAAAUAUAGAGAGAGAAAAAACAAAUAUCUCAACUGUUUUUAUGCUGGAUCCUGAAGUACUGAUAUUGUAUUUUAAAAUGUACUAUACUGAGUUUUAGAAUAUUUUGAUGUUUCCAAUAGGUUACAUUCUUUUCAAAUGUUUGUAUGAUUGUUACAUUUUGAAACAAGAAUUUCAUGUAAAUUCCAUUUUUUUUUCUUCUUAAAGGUACUUUAUUUUUUAGUAAACUUCCUUUUUUAUUGUAAAAAGCAAUAAAAACCAUUUUGAUUCACA